AUGCCAGAUGAUGGAGUGACAUUUCUGCACAUUUUUGAAGCCCCCUCAUUGACCGCAUUCAGUUUAAACAGUCUCGGAUCCGUGCCUGUAGAGGAAUGGAACAAGAAACUUCGCGAAAAGGUGGAUAAAGUGAGACAACUUGAGGAGGACUACACUGCAGAAGGUCAAGCAGCGGCCUUGAAUUGUGCUUUCCUCAGUAAACCUGCCGAAAAGAUAGGCGAAGGUAUCAUCCGCGCAGCUCAGGAUAUGCACGCGAAUUUGAUUAUCAUGGGAACUCGUGGCCUUGGGGCAGUUUCUCGUGCUCUUCUUGGCAGCGUGAGUGAUUUUGUCAUCCAUCAGGGCGUUGUACCUGUUACUGUGGUACCUAAUAGCAAUCCCAACUAA